AUGACUUUAUUAGCGUUCAUCUUCCUGCUUGCCUUCCUCCCAGCUGAAUCUGCAAGCAGCAGAUACGCCCCCAAGGCAUCAAGUAACCCUGUGUUCGGACCACGGCAGGUAUAUGGUCUGCUCAAUGGGUCGGUUACAGUGAAAUGCUUCUACCCUCCCACCCACGUGAACAGACACGACAGAAAGUAUUGGUGCAGGCAAUCGGCCACGGGCUGCAUGACCGUUGUCUCCACCAGCGGCUACACUGCUCCAGGCUACGAAGGCAGAGUCUCCAUCACUGACUACCCACAGGCAGAAAACUUCCAGAUUAACAUCUCUGAGCUUACAAUGGCAGACGCAGGCACCUACCAGUGCGGUGUUGGUAUCAAUGGCAGAGGGCUCUCCCACAAAGUCAGUCUGGAUGUUUCUAAAGGUCCGCAUGUACCCGAGGGAGCUGAGCUCUUCUAUGUGAAGCUGCACAGCACUUUGACCGUGUCCUGCAGCUUUGGGAAGGAGUAUGAGAGCGUGAGGAAAUUCUUGUGCAAGAUGGAGAAAAACGGCUGCCAUAACAUCAUCGAUAGUUAUGGGAAUGUCGAUAAGAGUUACACAGGGCGAGCUCUGCUGAGCAAUGAGGAUCUUCCAGGCUCAUUCGGCAUCGCGAUAACUCAGAUGGGCUGGGAAGACUCUGGCUUGUACCUGUGCGGGGCUGGCUUCUAUGGGGAGAGCGGAGAAACGAAGGAACUGGACGUGCAUGUCUAUGAGGAGACAAAUGUUCCUCAAGCAAAGCCCACAAUAAUCGGAGUAGAAGGAAGUUCAGUAACUUUUGAAUGCCACUAUGAGCCUCUAAAAAAGUCGUCAGUGAAGUACUGGUGCAAGUGGAGAAAGAACGGGUGCAGUCGGAUCAUAGACAGCUCCGGGUAUGUGUCGGACCGGUAUGAAGGAAGAGUGGCCAUGUACGACAGCCCAGAUAACAAGACGAUCACCAUCAUCCUGAACCAGCUGAAGGACAGUGACGAAGGCUAUUACUGGUGCAUGACAGACGAGGAUAAGGAGCAGCAAUCGUCAACUGAGCUGAAGAUCAUAGGCGGAGAACCUGGACUGAAGGGAAAGAAGGAAGUGGACGCGCAAGUGGGUUCACGGGUCGAUUUAACUUGCUCUUAUCCAUGCAAGUACUACUCCUACCAGAAGUACUGGUGCAAGUGGAGCAGCACCAGAUUCAUCCCCAUGCCUGCUUCUGACCAAAAGCAGCCGGGGCCAGGCGUUACCUGUGACACUGACAACAAGACGGUUAUCCUGAGCUUUGACUCAGUGGCAAAGACAGACCAAGGGUGGUACUGGUGUGGAGUGAAGCACAAUGGCCUCUUUGGGGAAACCAUGGCAGUCUACCUGCAGGUGACCGAAGGUGUCAGUGCCGACCGCAGCCUAGAGCUCCUGAAUGUUGAUGCCCCCAGCCCUGCCAAGGGUGGCUUUAUUCCCUCUGAUCAAAGCCAUGGCCCCAAUGUACUUCUUUUAGUCCUGGGCCCUGUUGGUGCUGUGCUCCUGAUUGUUGCGACAGCUUUUGCCGCUUUUAAAUACAGGCAGCUGAAGAGAUCUGACCUCGUGUCCGUCGGGAGCUACAGGACAAACAUCAGCAUGUCAGACUUCGAAAGCGUGAAGGAGUACAGUGCAAGCAAUAACGCCUGCGUGAAAGAGAGCCAGGAGACUCAGAUAGGAGGGGACGAGUUCAUCGCCACCACGGCCACCCCAGAAAGCGCUGCCGAGACAAAGAAGGCAAAAAGGAGCUCCAAAGAGGAUGCUGACCUCGCCUACUCCGCCUUCCUCCUCACCUCCAGCAGCAUCGCACAGGGCAGCUCCGAGGGGGACAGCGCUGCCCCGGCUGCGUCCCCUCCGAACUGGGAGGGCUAG